GCUAUUUCCCGGGGAGGGAACCUCGGGAGGCGGGUGCAGGGGCAGCCGAGGGGCGUCCGGUUACGUCUCCGCCCUCCCCGGCCUCGUCCGCCGAGCCGCUAGGUUUGCGGGACGCCAGUUCGGGACCAUGUCGGCCGCGAGGCGCCGGGGCGAGACUGCGUGGACGCGGGCGCUGCUGCUGCAGCUGCUGCUGGUGGGGCCCGGGGGCUGCCUGAGCCGCCAGGAGCUCUUCCCGUUCGGUCCGGGACACGGGGACCUGCAGCUGGAGCCCGGGGACGACCGUGUCUCCCCAGCCCUGGAGCUGAGGCGGGCGCUCCGCUUCUUCGACAAAUCCGACAUCGAUUCGGUCUACGUCACCACAAAUGGCAUUAUUGCCAUGAGUGAACCCCCAGCCAAAGAAUCUUAUCCUGGGGUCUUCCCACCAACCUUCGGAGUAGUCGCACCUUUUCUGGCAGACUUGGACACGACAGAUGGCCUUGGGAAGGUUUAUUAUCGGGAAGACUUAUCACCCUCUGUCACUCAGCUGGCUGCAGAGUGUGUCCAGAGAGGAUUCCCAGAAGUCUCUUUCCAGCCCAGUAGUGUGGUGGUUGUCACUUGGGAAUCUGUGGCCCCCUACCAGGGGCCCAGCAAGGACCCUGAGCAGGAAGGCAAGAGAAACACAUUCCAGGCUGUUCUGGCCUCCUCCGAUUACAGCUCCUAUGCCAUUUUUCUCUAUCCUGAAGAUGGCCUGCAGUUCUAUACGACAUUCUCCAAGAAGGACGAGAAUCAAGUUCCUGCUGUGGUCGCAUUCAGUCAAGGCAUCCAGGGAUUAUUCUGGAAGAGCGAAGGAGCAUACAAUAUAUUUGCUAACGACAGAGAAUCAAUUGGAAAUUUGGCCAAGAGCAGCAACUCUGGGCAGCAGGGCGUCUGGGUGUUCGAGAUCGGGAGUCCAGCCACAGCCAGCGGCGUGGUGCCCUCCGACGUGAGCCUUGGACUGGAUGACGGAGCAGAGUAUGAUGAUGAAGACUAUGAAUCGGUGACCCAUCUGGGCCUGGGGGACGUGAGCACGACACCCUUCCCCUAUGAGGAUCCGAGGAGGGGAGACCCUGGCACGUACAGCGCGCCCCGUGUCCUCUCCCCCCGCCGCCUGCCCACUGAGAGACACCCCGGACCUCCCACGGAGAGGACCAGGUCUUUCCAGCCACCAGCAGAGACAUUUCCCCAGCAGCAUGCACAGGUCAUAGACGUGGACGAGGUUGAGGAGACAGGAGUCGUGUUCAGCUACAACACGGACUCCCGCCAGACGUGUGCCAACAACAGACACCAGUGCUCUGUGCAUGCCGAAUGCAGGGACUUUGCCACGGGGUUCUGCUGCAGCUGUGUCGCGGGCUAUACUGGGAAUGGCCGGCAAUGUGUUGCAGAAGGUUCCCCCCAGCGAGUUAAUGGCAAGGUGAAAGGAAGGAUCUUUGUGGGGAACAGCCCAGUUCCCACCGUCUUUGAGAACACCGACCUCCACUCUUACGUGGUAAUGAACCACGGGCGCUCCUACACAGCCAUCAGCACCAUUCCCGAGACCGUGGGCUAUUCUCUGCUUCCUCUGGCCCCCAUCGGAGGCAUCAUUGGAUGGAUGUUUGCAGUGGAACAGGAUGCAUUCAAGAAUGGGUUCAGCAUAACAGGAGGUGAGUUCACCCGCCAGGCCGAGGUGACCUUUGUGGGGUAUCCGGGCAAGCUGGUCAUCAAGCAGCAGUUCAGUGGCAUCGACGAACAUGGACACCUGACCAUCAACACGGAGCUGGAGGGCCACGUGCCGCACAUCCCAUUUGGCUCUUCUGUGCACAUCGAGCCCUACACAGAGCUCUACCACUACUCUCGUGGGGUGAUCACGUCCUCCUCCACCCGGGAGUACACCGUGACAGAGCCUGAGCAAGGUGGUGCUGCCUCUUCCAACAUCUACACCUACCAGUGGCGCCAGACCAUCACCUUCCAGGAGUGUGCCCACGACACCUCCCGGCCGGUCCUGCCCAGCACCCAGCAGCUCUCUGUGGACAGCGUGUUUGUACUAUACAACCAGGAGGAGAGGAUCCUGCGCUAUGCACUAAGCAACUCCAUUGGUCCUGUGAGGGAUGGCUCCCCUGAUGCCCUUCAGAAUCCUUGCUACAUCGGCACUCAUGGGUGUGACACCAACGCGGCCUGUCGUCCUGGCCCCGGGGUUCAGUUCACCUGCGAGUGUUCCAUUGGAUUCCGAGGGGACGGAAGGACCUGCUCUGAUAUUGAUGAAUGUUCAGAACAGCCCUCGGUUUGUGGCAGCCAUGCGAUCUGCAACAAUCAUCCCGGAACCUUCCGUUGCGAGUGUGUGGAGGGCUAUCAGUUUUCAGAAGAGGGAACAUGUGUGGCUACUGUGGACCAACGCCCCAUCAACUAUUGCGAAACUGGCCUCCAUGACUGUGACAUACCCCAGCGGGCCCAGUGUAUCUACAUGGGAGGGUCUUCCUACACUUGUUCCUGUUUACCAGGCUUCUCUGGGGAUGGCCGAGCCUGCCAAGACGUGGAUGAAUGCCAGCCAAGUCGAUGUCACCCCGAUGCCUUCUGCUACAACACUCCAGGCUCCUUCACAUGCCAGUGCAAACCUGGUUAUCACGGAGACGGCUUCCAUUGUGUGCCUGGAGAAAUGGAGAAAACCCGAUGUCAGCUGGAGAGAGAACACAUCCUCCGGGCAGCGGGGCUGACGGACCCACAGCAGCCCGUGAUGCCGGGCCUGUUUGUUCCCGAGUGUGACGAGCACGGGCACUACACGCCCACCCAGUGCCACGGCAGCACUGGCCACUGCUGGUGUGUGGAUCGCGACGGCCGGGAGCUGGAGGGCACCAGGACCAGGCCCGGGAUGACGCCCCCCUGUCUAAGUACAGUGGCUCCCCCGAUUCAUCAUGGACCCUCAGUUCCUACUGCUGUGAUUCCCCUGCCACCUGGGACCCAUUUACUCUUUGCUCAGACUGGGAAGAUAGAGCACCUCCCCCUGGAAGGGAGCAUCAUGCAGAAGACAGAAGCCAAGACAUUGCUUCAUGCUCCGGAUAAAGUCAUCAUUGGACUGGCCUUCGACUGUGUGGACAAGAUGGUUUACUGGACUGACAUCAGUGAGCCUUCCAUUGGGAGAGCCAGUAUGCAUGGCGGAGAGCCAACCACCAUCAUUCGACAAGAUCUUGGAAGUCCAGAAGGUAUUGCCCUUGACCAUCUUGGCCGCAACAUUUUCUGGACUGAUUCUCACUUGGAUCGAAUAGAAGUUGCAAAGCUGGAUGGCACCCAGCGCCGGGUGCUGUUUGAGACUGAUUUGGUGAAUCCCAGAGGCAUCAUCACGGAUUCCGUGAGAGGGAACCUUUAUUGGACAGACUGGAACAGAGAUAGCCCCAAAAUUGAAACUUCCUACAUGGAUGGCACCAACCGAAGGAUUCUUGUGCAGGAUGACCUGGGCUUGCCCAAUGGGCUGACAUUUGAUGCCUACUCGUCUCAGCUCUGCUGGGUGGAUGCAGGCACCAAUCGGGUAGAGUGUCUGAAGCCCGAUGAGUCUGGCCGACGCAGGGUUCUCGAAGGGCUCCAGUACCCUUUUGCUGUUACAAGCUAUGGGAAGAAUCUGUACUACACGGACUGGAAGACGAAUUCCGUGGUUGCUGUAGAUCUUGCUAUUUCCAAAGAGACUGAUGCCUUCCACCCCCACAAGCAGACCCGGCUAUAUGGUGUCACCACGGCCCUGUCUCAGUGUCCCCAAGGUCACAACUAUUGCUCAGUGAACAAUGGUGGCUGUACCCACCUCUGCUUGGCCACACCUGGAAGCAGGACCUGCCGUUGCCCUGACAACACUCUGGGAGUUGACUGCAUCGAGCGGAAAUGAAGACAAGAGUGCCUCAUUCUCUCUGCACGUAUUCGGCAGCACCCUCCUUAAAAGGGUCCAGACUGAAAACUCUGGCCUCUUGGCCUCCACGCCCAGAUCCUACCCAGCCUGAGCCCCAAUGGUGUUCCCCUGUUUCCCAAAACAGAUGCCUUGGGCUUCUAGAAUGAGAAAGCCUCUUCCCCUCCACACAGACAGAACCCCACCACCUCCGAGUGAGGAUUUUAUGCCCAUCCCAGUGCUCUGGAACCUUUCCCCAGCUUAGCAUCCCCUAAGUGGAGUGGAGCCUCCCCACACAUGAGCUGCCCCUUCCCCUGUGGCGUUAACUCCCUGACGCACCAGCCAGGGCCACCUAAGCAAGGCUGUGAAUGAAGGAGGGAGUUAACUGUCCCCCCCUCUUUUCUUUUGGUGCUCUGAAUUCCCUCUCCCAACUCCUAGCUUCCUGCCACCCCUGAGUUCUGUACCGCCUGCAUCCUGUCCCACCUUUCGUUCAAAACCUGCCCUGUCAUAGGGCCGUAUGGAUAUCUGUGGGCGAUAAUGGGCAGCCCCUCCCAGAUAAGUUACUGGCAUUUCAGCAGUAGCCUUUGGUAGAUAAAGGCUUCCAUCAAAGGAGAGUCCAGUGGUAGGAAUUUGAAGGUAUAGAGUCAGAUGUUUGAGGAUGAGGAUUCUUUGGAUGUGCCUUAAAUUCACCAGCAGUUACCAAAUUAUUCCUCUUUGCCCAGAGCACCUCGAUGCCAGCAUCUGGUCUCUUGAGCAGCAUGACCCCACUGCUGGCACCAAUGCCCAGCCUCCCUGGCUUUAAGCAUAGCUGCGGGCUGGUACCAGGGCCUCACCUCCUGCCCUCAGCCAACAUGAGCUCAUGUCUCCUUAGCUUCUCCCUCUACUCAUGGCCCUUGCUGGCUGUCUUCUCAUCUACAAGGGCCAGAUCAAGUAUUUAUGCUACUGAUCCAGACCCUUGAUUGCUCAUUGGUGUACUUAAAGGGACCAUUGUCACCUGUCAUGUUUACAUGUCCACAGUUUGUUUAGAAACCUCUCCUGGCCAGAAAAGUAGCUAGUGUUAUCUUUUACCAGCUGCUUCCCAGAGUUGCAGAACAAUAGGAAUCUUGGAUUCAAAGCUGAGCAUAAGGAUUUGAAGUCAGUAAAGAUUAGGGUAAGGAAGUAGAGAAGGCUCAGCAGAAAGUAUCACAAGGAGAUCGAUCAAGAGGAAAGGAUAGAAAAGGGUAUUUAACAACAGCAAUGAGAAAAGCUCUUUAAUAAUCCCAAAGAAAAAACGGUCCCUUUUGCCAAAGAACACUUAGGCUUGAAGACAUAGAAGAAUUUGCUUGUUUUUCUCCUUGGGGAAGACAUGUUUCCCCUUACUGCAAACCUCAGUGAGCUCAUCCCCCUCAGCCUGUACCCCUGCCCUGCGUUGGCCUCAUCUGCUUUGGCAUCCCAUUGGCACCUGGAUCGGGAAAGACCCUUUACCUUGAAUAAUUGGAGCUUGUUUUGAGAGCCAAAUAUAUCCCCGAGAGUCACGAGAUUUGGGGAACACAUGGGUCUUCUAUCCAUCCCAGCCCCCUGAAUUAGUUUCACUUUUUUUAUAUUUAUCAUCCCAUAUCGAGCCCUCUAUAACAAAUGUUUGUCAUAAUUUUAUAUAAUUUUAUAACUUUUAUUCAUUUUACUAGAUUCAUUCUAGAAGUCUUCAAAUGGUCAAUUCUUAAACUGUGGAAACCAUUGAAUGAAGGUGCUUAUUAACUAUUCCCCCAGGUUUAUACAAGUAUCAGAUGAUUCCUUGAGUUUACAGUUGUACAAAUAUCAGUGCAGAAAAUUAAACAAUUUUUUUGUUAAAAAAAC